AUGUUAACCGGACGGGAGAGCUUGCUUUGGUUAAUUGGAAAACGCCGGCGAUCUCUUCCCAAUCGCCACCAUCUUCUCUCCGCUCCUACUCCGGAUUCGUUGAAUCUCGAGGUCAACGACUGUGCCAAUCUCAUCUCAGCAGCCGGAGAUGAUGACAGUUUUCCGGAGAACCCGAUUUCUCCCGAUGAUUCGAGCAAAACCUCUGAUAAUUUGAGUCUAUCCGGUAAGAAGAAACGGAAAUUAACUCAGACCACUCUUCUUCAGUCAAGUUUCUUGUCAAGCCCAAAACAAUCGAAAGAAGAAGAUAAACUUAUAAUCCGUACCCAGAAGCAACCAAUUCUCGAAACUUCCGAUUUCAAUUUCGUAGAAAGAAGCGAGGUUGAUGAUGGCUCAUGUUCUCGAAUUAGUGAAGAGAUUUCAAAAACUGUGACUUUAGAUGAAGCCAAUGGUGAUGCUAUGGAAACCUUUAUAGUUGGUAGGAAGUUCAGUGAUGUUCAGGAUGUAGAAAUUGGGGGAAAAAUCUGUCUUUUGAGACACCCUGAGAACAUCAAGGAUCGAAAUGCUAUAAAGGUUCUUACUGCAGACUCUGGAGGAGUCUCUGAAAUGCUUGGGUAUCUACCUAAAGAUGUUUCACAGUAUUUGUCUCCGCUGAUCGAAAAGUAUGACCUUAAGUUUGAGGGAACAAUAACAUCUGUUCCGAGGAAUUCUGCUGAAGCUGUUCCGAUCAGAGUUGUUUGUGACAAGAUGAGAUCUGAUGGUUGGGAGGAAUGUGAAUUUGGUGGAGAGUUUAAACCUCUGUGGGAGAAAGUUCUUGAGGUUGUUGAGCAGCAGAUGCAAUUACCGCCUAAAACGACUCGAUACCAGUUGAACUUUAAUGUAUUAGUACAAGAGGUUUUAAGAAGUUGCUCACACCUUUUCACAGCUGAUGAAAAGGCAUUCUUGGAAUCUUUCCCCUCUCUUUCAGAGGAUAGCCAGAGACUUUUUGUCCGUCUUUACACACGAAAAGGACCUUGGUUUAGGCUGUCAAAUAUUUCAUACCCUGAGGUUUCUGAUUCUCUUCAAGCCCUAAAGGAUCUAACAGUCAGGGGCUUUAUGAGUUCAGUGGAGGACGCAAAUGAACUUGAUUACCAAAAGAUGAAGGAGAUCAUAGAGUUGCUCAACGUCAAUGAACUUCGUGAUAUCUCAUCUCUGAACAAGGUGUUCUGUCGCGGCUCAAGAAAGAGAGACCUUAUUAAUUCACUUUGUUCUUGUUACAAUGAUGGAACGAGGAUAAAUAUAGCAACAAUGAUUCUAGAAAGAACAGGACUGUGCGCUAAGAUAUCCAGUACAGCAGAAACUCUCAUAUGGCGUGUUGAGAGGCUUUUCUUCCUCAAUGGAGAGCAAGAUCUAUCCUCUUUUGUUCUCCUGGAUCUCGGUAUCAUCAAAUACCCAAUGUACAAAUGCAUCGACUCGGAGCAAAUAUUUUCAAACCGGACUAAGCUUUUAGCAUAUGAAGAGGCCAUUGAAGUGGCUCAGUUGAUGGAUGAGUCUCUUGACAGUGAGGAUUCUCAAACAGUGUUGAAAUGCAUCACCAUUGCUGAAACACGAAUAUACGGUUCUUCGUUGGAUUCUGCGCAUCUUGCUGCAUUUAAUCGCUUUACAGCUCCAUGGGUUUACUCAAAGGUGGUAUUUUUGGGAGUUUCCUUUCUCGAGAACCUCAAGAGGUAUAACGAAGCAGUUUAUCUACUGAGGCGGUUGCUUAGCUGCUUCAACUGUGACGGGAGACGAGGACACUGGACAGUGAGAUUAUCAACAGAUUUGGAGCACAUGGGACGUCCAAAUGAGAGUCUCUCAGUAGCAGAGCAGGGACUAUUGGAUCCUUGGGUGCGUGCUGGUUCAAGAAUAGCUUUGCAGAGACGCGUUCUUCGUCUUGCAAAACCUCCAAGACGCUGGAAAACUCCAACCUUUCCAAACCUCAUAGAAAACAAGAUCCCUGAGGUUACCAUUCAAGGGAGAUCAUUGAACUGUGAAGUCGGCAUGAAGAACAGGUUUUAUGGAGAAGACGGAGAGCAAUGUGGAGUUGAGCAGCUCGCGUUGCAGUAUUACAAUGGAGAAGGAGGAGGAGGAUGGCAAGGGAUUCAUACAGAGAGUAGCAUCUGGUUAACCAUUUUUGGUCUUCUUUUGUGGGACAUUCUGUUUUCAGAUGUCCCUGGUGUUUUCCAAACCCGUUUCCAGACAGCUCCAUUGGACUUAGAGACUGAAUCAUUCUAUCUAACGAGGAAGGAAACGAUAGAGUCACAGCUAGAGAAAGUUGCAAACGGAAUGGCUGAAGAAAUACUUAUCAUAUCAUAUGAAAUACACCGUGGAACAGCGUGCAGAGGAGUGGCCUGGGAGCGGUUUUCGUUAGAGGAGCUGAGAGCAGCUGUGGCUUGUGUUGGAGGUGUUUGUGUAGCAUCGCUGUGUCGGUAUCUAGCUCAAGACUAUAGGAACUGGUGCAGUGGAAUGCCUGAUCUACUGCUAUGGCGGUUCAAGGAGAAUGGUUAUGUAGGUGAAGCUAAGCUUGUGGAAGUAAAAUCAGAGAGAGAUAGGUUAUCAGAACAGCAACGAGCUUGGCUUCUGCUUUUAAUGGAUUCAGGAUUCAGUGUUGAGAUUUGCAAAGUAAGACCUGAUUGUUUAACCAACGCUUAA